AUGGAUGCCGAUGUCGAUGCGAUCGAUAUUGACGAUGAUAAUGACGACGAUGCUGGUAUGUUUGGCAUCGCUAAAGUGAGGACGAUGACGUCCUCACUGGUGAAGACAACGUUCUUUAGCAGUGCACACGCAGCGCACUGCUGUUGA